AAGGGUGAUUUCAAGGCAAAGUUUUUGUGUGUGAUGAAAAGAAAUCUUUGGUGCUUAUUUGGAUAUGACUGAACAGCCUCACAGAGAAAAGUGUUCUGACUUCAUUUCAGAUGUAUUGGAACGUUAAAAUCCCCAAACGGAUUUGUCCGCUGUUGUUCUUUGCUUCCUUUCGAGUCAUUCUUGUAUUUUAAAAAUUCAGGUGCCUCACCCGACUCACAAGAUGAACGAAGACAAACCAGUGCUCAGGGUUGCUUCAUUUCCUGCUACGAAGUUAACAAAUGGUACGAUGAUAGUAACUGGAAUCCUCGGUGAUUUUUUGGACGUCUUCGCCAAGUAUUUGGAGUUCAACUAUGUGGUAGUAGAACCUCCAGACAAGCAGUGGGGACUACUGAACCGAAAUGGAAACUGGACUGGAAUGAUCGGAAUGCUUAACAGAUCGGAGGUAGAACUGUCCGUUGGCCCAUUUAGUAUGAACCCUGAGCGAAACGCCGCAGUGCAUCUGACUUACCCAAUCUUGUUCGACUUUGAAACCAUCCUGUUACCGAGACCAAAGCUCGAAAACGACGUCGGGGGUUUUCUGAAACCCUUUCCUCUGACAGUUUGGCUUCUGAUAUUAUGCAGCCUAAUUGUCACAUCCAUGAUGCUGAUGGGCUUCGAAAUCAUCUCGAAAAAUAUUGUUGACUUACAAAGUGAUGACAUUUUUACGAAAGCUUUCAUGUUUACAUUGACAACCAUCACUGUAGAAGGCUCUACCUGGCUCCCCAGCAUGCAUGGAGGACGUGUUCUGGCGGCUGCAUGGCUUGUAGCAAUUACGGUCCUGAUUUCUGCUUAUAGCGGGAUCCUUGUAGCCAUGUUGACCUUGCCGAGGACCAUCAUACCCGUUGAUUCACUUGAGGAUCUCGUCCAUCAGAACAAAAUUCCGUGGAAGCUCUCAAGAAACACACAUUUCACCCGAUUGCUCCAGUCUUACAGGCAAAUGUCGUUUGUACAUGGCACGGGAAAGGCUGAACUUCGACAUGCUCACAUUCGGCCUGAGGCAAGGUUCACCAUAUCUCCAUCGAGUCAACAAAAUCAUAAGAGCUGUUCACGAAGCAGGCCUCUACAUACAAAUGAUGAAGAAAUACUACCCUCUCGACCUGAAAUGUCUUCAGUCGCCAAAGCAAGACAAAACGAGCGACAUACAGCCCCUCAAUAUCUACUCCCUGGGAGGUCCAUUCCUCCUUUUGGUUGGCGGGCUGAUCACUUCAUUGUUAGCCUACCUUCUGGAAAUUAUUUUUGACAGUCGACCUUUUUACCUUCGAGGUGUGUGGAACAAUUGACCCCAGAAUGAUGAAGUAAGCACCACUCAUUGAAGUUUCGUUCGAAUAUUCCUCUAAAUGACUGGCUAUAGAAUAAACCUGUAAUUGCUACUCUGAUGAAGAAUUCCUGGAAAGAAAUGGCUUUCAAAUGACGGGGAAAUAACAGCGUAUGCAGAUG